AUGGCCACUACCCUCACGGAAACUGAAGAUCCUGUUCAACGUCAGGAAGGAAUGGAAAUAUUGAGGUCACUUGUCUUAAAGGAAUAUGAACCAGUUAAAGUGCACUUCGCCUUGGCCAUGCUCGAGACUGAUAACAAGCAAUUCGAAUCGGCCGUUCAGCAUUAUCGUGCGGUCCUCCAGUUAUUCGAGAAAGCGACCGUUUUGGCACCGACAAACGUCCAGGCGAAGCACAAUCUUUGUGUUGCUUUGGCAGAUGACGGACAAUUGGAAGCAAGUGAAAAGUGUCUGUUGUCCGCAAUCGAUCUAGCUCCUGCAGAGCAGUAUCUACACGAACAUUUGGCAAUUGUACGCAAACGGAUGUCUCUCACGUAA